AUGCCGCCAAUCAAGUCGAUCCUCUUCGACUGCGACAAUACGCUCGUGCUGUCCGAGGACAUCGCCUUCGAGGGCUGCGCACACCUCUCCAACGAGAUCCUGGAGAAGCACGGCAUCGCCACGCGCUACGAUGGCCCGACCCUGAUGCACGAGUUCGUGGGUUUAAACUUCCGCGGCCUGAUGCAGCGCCUGCAGGCCAAGCACGGCUUCACCAUGGCGGCCGACGAGGCCGACGCCUACGUCGACCGCGAGCUGGGCGCCAUCUGCACGAACCUGUCGGAGAAGUGCCAGCCGUGCGAGGGCGUGGACGCGGUCCUCGAGAAGCUGCAGCAGGAGGGCAAGUACGGAAUGGCCAUCGUGUCAAGCUCUGCCAUGCCCAGGGUCCAGGCCAGUAUCAAGAAGGUCGCCCAGGACAGGUACUUCCCUGAUGGGACUGUGUUUUCGGCUGCUUCGUCGCUUACGCCGCCGUCGUCGAAGCCGGAUCCUGCCGUUUACUUGUUUGCUUGCACGAAGCUGGGCGUGGACCCGGGGGCGUGUGUUGCUAUCGAGGACUCUCGAUCAGGUGCCACGGCAGCUAAGAAUGCUGGUAUCCCUCUCAUGGGCUACGUUGGGCCUUACAUGUCCGAGGGCGGCAAGGAGAAGCAGGAACAGAUGGCCAAGAUGCUUAUAGAGGAGUGCGGCGCUAUUACCAUCAUGUACCACUGGAGCGAGUUCUGGGAUAAGCUGAAAGAGGUUGAAACUGCUGCAUAA